CUUCUUGCCUUCCUUUUGGAUUAACGUCACAGGUGAGGUUCAGCAGUGAAGGAGCUAAAAUAAGGCUGAUGUGCUCAUUAUAUUCAAAGCUCGACAGGACAUCGGAAAGUGUGUGACGCAUGUGUUUGCCUAGUUUAUAUUUGUUGCUUGUAUUCGUUGCUUUGAAUUUACUUUGCUUUAUAACGUGAGACCCUCGUUCGGUGCUGUCGUCCCGCGACUGUAUAUCCCGUGUUUGCCGCAUUUGAUAAUUUGCAAUGAAAUACUUUGAUUUCAAGGUGAAAUGGAGGAAGUUUUGAAAUAUUUGAGCAUCAACUGGACCUUGAUAUUCUGCCUACUCAACAUGUUCUCAUCAGCAGAGGGAAGCCAGAUCUCAAAGACGGUUGGCAGCCCAGUGAGCCUGCACUGCAACGCCUCCACCAGUAAAUUCAUUCAGCUGACAUGGAAUAUGAAUGGAGUUUACCUGUUCAGUUACAGCUCCGGCGGAGAGCUUCACUACAGUCCAGAAGCCGCAGCGCUAAACUUGAAUGUUUCUACAUCAGCGUCUCGGCUGUAUGCGCUCCUGAUCGACAAGGCCCAGAAGCAUCACACUGGAAACUACAGCUGCGAGUCGACUACAGUGGCAGGAAUCUUCAGCCAAAACUGGGAGCUCAUUGUAACCGAGAGAGAAGAGAAAAAGCUCAACGUCCUUAUGAUUUCUGUGGGAACGACAGUCGUCUGUGUGUGUUUUCUGAUCUUCAUAUUCACUUGGAUUUUCCUGAGAACCGUCUGCAAGAAGGACAAAGAAAUUACCAUUAACCCCAUACAAGAAAUGGUGAGUAAAUUAACCCUGAUGUUCUCUGUGGAGAAGACACAAACUUUUACUCUGCAGUUGUUGUUUUGCAAAGAGACUAAUAGGAAUGUUUGUCUUGAUGCCGAAUAUUUGAACUAAGCGAUGUUUCUUUUUGUUUUUCAGCAGCAAACUGAGGACAUUUAUGAAAACUGCUUGAAAAUUGAACAAAGAAACAAGAAACAUUCCCGUGGUGACAAGCCUUAGUGAAUCGAAUAUUUAAGAAAACCUGUUCUGAACGUCAUACUUUUUUAGUUUAUUUGUUUUUAAUGUACUUUAUGUGAAAGAGCGCACAAUAUUUGUUUUUUUUUCUCCUUCUCUCUCCGGCCACCGGAACACCUGCACAUUCUUAUUUAAGUUAAGUAAAUUAAUUUCAGGUAAAAUCUCUGACUCUUAGUUCUGCAUAUCCACCUGCACCAUUUACUUUUAUUUCUAUUUUAGUCCAGAAGCUGUAGCUCUUGUUAUGACAGGUGUUUCAUGUGGACAGAGGGAAGUGGUCGCCCGUGGGCAGGGCAGAAAAACUCACAGGAAGUACGCCACACUGGGUGGGCGGCGUGGGAGUCUCUUCUGAAGCCAUCAGUGCUGAGAGACUAAAUGAUUUUACUUUUACAGCACGUUUCCACUGCAUUAGUGGUUCAGCGUGUUGCUCCAGGGAACAUCGACACAAGAGCAACUAGCAACCCUCCAGCCGAGCCACAGCCGCCCUGCAUCAUCAUUUCAGCUCAAAGCUUUAAUUUUCCUGCUCUCAGCUUGAACCGCAGCCUCACGAGUCAAAAGAGGGCAGAGCGACGCAAAGCAGAGCAGAGCUCUCAGUUUGUCAGUGAGUCAAACGUUUCCAUGCAUGAACCGUGACCUGGAACCAAAUGGACGCCCUGGAUAUGAAAAGAUUAGUUCCAAGCAUCAGGGAGGGGCCGAAACCAAAUCAACCAAAUCACAUCUUAUUUACAGAGCACCUUUCACACACGGUGUGGCUCAAAGCGCUUGGCAGGUUGAAAACACAAAAAGGUUAAUAAAACCACACCACCCCCUUUGCGCGCGCACACACACACACACACACACACACACACACACACACACACACACACACACACACACACACCUCCUGUCCACCCACGACCAACACACAUCUGUCUCCUCUGGGAGGGGCCAGUGACGGCGGUCUGGACAGGAUUUUCUGACUCAUUUAAUUUCCACUGUUACACCCUGUGGGAUGAAAAACAAGAUGGAUGGAUGGAUGGAUGGAUGGAUGGAUGGAUGGGGAAAAAAGAGAAAGACAGGACUCUGAGUGUCCACAUGCUCAGUAAAGUGGCUGGUAAUGAAUUAAAGGAAGCUGCAGCGUAAAUCAAACAACAGUCCCAAAAGUAAAGGUGUGAUCAGAAUAAUCUAUUGAUAACAUUUACUUUUUGAUUCACAGUUUCACAUUUUUUAGAGUUUAUAAGGGAGAAGAGCUGCAAUGGUUAGAAAUGUUAGAUGUUUUACAUUUUAUCUAUUGUCCCACUUUUCAUCAUGAAAUUGAAAAUCUUCAAUAAUGUAGAAUUAUUAACUCACCAUAUGUUGUCUAGUAGGGACUACAUUCUGUGUUGGACUUGCCUCCAUCAAUGAAGCACAAACAUUUUUUUAAUUGGAAAACAUGUUCUGUGAAAAUAUAAAUUAGUACAGCAAAAAACAAGAUGAAGAGUUGUGCAGAAGCAGAUGUUUGGUGUUCUCGGUGGUUAUAAGUGUGAAACAAAAAGGAUGUGGGGAGGUAAAAAUAGCUCAGUACCCAUGAAGCAUUGCUUCCAUCCUGCAUCAAGCUACUUCAGAAGCCUCUGAUAAAGCUUUGAUAAUGUCUGCUAUUGCAAUGUUCAGCUGCUCGAGCCUGGCACACCAGACUGUCUCUCCAUGCUCAGGGAUACAUGUCUUUAUAUGUGUGUAACAUAAAUAAAGUCAGUCUGGCACGCCAGGCUGCAGCUGCUCAGCUGUGGUCCUGUACAGGCAGCAAAUAAAGGAUUUGCACUUUGCUGAUGUGUCUCCAGCCGGGUCACCUGGACAUUACCAGGAUUAUUUAUUCAGAUGACUUUUCACUUUUCUUACUUAUUAA